AUGUGCUUGAAAUAUGGAUUGCUGCUUUAUAUAAUUUCUUUAAACUCUCAUAAUGGAGUACAGGCUAAUUCUCUGUGGCCACCAAAACUGUUAGGAAAAUUAAAGCCAGAAGAAAAGGCACAACCUCUACCUCCACCGACAAAGGAUUUGGCAGCAAAUGACGUUAACCCGUGCAUCAAAAACGGGUGCAAAAUAUUUGGACCACUGUGUGAGCAUGGAAAAUGCACUGAGUCAGUUUCUCUCGAUUCAUGCCAGUGGAUGUGCAGUUGUGAGCCAGGAUGGCGAGGAUAUCUGUGUGAGUUGAAGGAUACAGUACAAUCUUUGUCCAAAGGAGCGCAAAAGUCGGAAUUGGUGGCCAAACCUCAACCUGAAAUUAUCAAGGUAUCCAGUACAAAAGCAAAGUUGACAACUAAAACCCCUAAAACAACAAGUACAACAGCAACAACAACAAGUACGAUCACAACAGUUGUAUCAACGACCCUAACUGAGAACAAUAAUGUGACACCAACGUCUUCAACAACUACAACCCAAACUAGUACAGGUCCUUCAUCAACUGUUACCAAUAAAGAUUUGGUAACAGCUGCAAUGACAACUUCAACUUCUUCUAUCCCUCAAACGGUUACAACGGGUACCGUUGUUGUGUCCGCCUCUACAACUACAGGUGCAAUUACGACUAACGUUGACGGAACAACUACUGGUGCACCAACGGCAUCUUCGAGUGCAAAUUACAAAACUGAUACAUCAGCUACAACUGAUGAAACAACAGAAACUCCAACAAGAGGGACAACAACGGUUCCUCAUACUACUAUAAUGAGUCAACCGACUACUUCAGAACACCUCACCACUUCCACACAUACUGAAGCUGGACCUACCACGCCUUCAACAAUGUUAACUGACGCUGUUCCAGAAACUUCUACAAUUACUUUUUCUCAGUCAAAACGUUCAACCACUAUCCAAAAACAGACGGCAAGUGAUGUUACGGUUGCUUCCACCGUAUCUACAGUUCCAACCAAAACAACUUCUCCUAGAGUUAUUGCUCAAAUCCAGAGGAAAGCAAACACUGAGAAGACUACAAGUGAUACAGAAUCUGUGACAGUGACGUCGGAGACUUCCGUUACCACGACAUCACCUAAACUUCCCACCGAUACAACAAGCACUAUUGAAUCCACAACGGAUGUUCAAGGUACUACAUACGGUUCUAAUAGUCAAAACUUUAAAGAGCACGUCCCCUUAGUGACUGCAGGGCAAAUUGUACCGGAUACUUAUGUAGCAAAACCUCUGUCAAAUUUGAAACCGACAACAAAUGGAUCACCUACAGAAACCCCUAGCACAUCAUUGUCUGAUGCAUCAACUUCUACACCAAGGACAAAAAAACCAUAUUCUGACAAAAUGACAUCGGCGAUAUCACCUUCUACAACAACACAGAGAUCAUCGACAACAACAACACUAGAUCCAACGUCUACAGUUGGCAGUCAGACUACAACAUCCAUGCCAUCCACAACACUCCCAUCAGUUCAAAAUCAGAAAUUAAAACUACCUAGUAAGGCGCCGGUAUCUUCUAAAGAAGAAAUCGUUUUAUUCCCUUCAAAACUUUCUGGAAGGAAAAGAAGGCCCGUGAUAUCAGCAAUGUUUGAUAGGAAAUCACAACACUCUAGUCAAGAGGAAGACGUUGUGUUUCCUGGGACCGUCACGAUACCAUCUCUAACAACCUCUAAACCAGUCGUUGAGACAAAAAAUGCAAUGCAUCAAUCUUUUCUACAAGAUAUAAAGAAAAUGCAUUCAUUUUUUACUAACCUGAGAGGAAGGGCUCGCAAUAUUCUACCGGACGAUAAGACAGUGUAA